AUGGCGCCUCCUCCGCCUUCGCCACAGCUCUUUCUCCUGGCAGCCCUGGUGGGGUUCCUGCGUCCCAGUGAGGUGGUGGCUGGGCUGGCGGAGGAAGCGGGAGCCCGUUGUCCUGAGGACCCAUGGCCUUUGCCCCCACAGGUGUCACCAAGAGUAACGUAUACAAGGAUGAUCCCAGGCGUGGCUGAGGAUGUCAGCUUCCUCUACCACCCCUGUGCCCAUCCCUGGCUGAAGAUCCAGUUAGCCCUCCUGGCCCAUGUCUGUGUGGCUCAGCCCUCACUGGCCCCUGACCCCAGCCUCACACAAGCUCGACCCUUAGUACUGGCAGCGUGGGGGGUGGCCCUGGAGAUGGCAAGGGUAGAGCCAGCCUGGGCUGCCCACUGGUUAAAGAGGAGACGAUGGAGGAAGCAGAGGAAGAAAGCCUUGUUCCGCCUUUCUGGCUCCACUCCCUUAGUGCAGACCCCAGGCAGAGGGCGGUUGAACUGGAGAGGAUGUGUGCAGGCCCCGGCUUUGGCCUUUGCUUUGCAAAACUGGUGGCCCCUGGGGACAGAGUUAGCACCUAGUGUGCCCAGACAGUCCUCUCCAGGUGGUGCCAAGAGGCGGGAACUUCGGGCUGCCCUGGCUCUCCAGCCCACUCCCUCAGUUCCAAGGCACUCCUCUGCUUCCCCACAGAACUGGGAGGUCAAGAAGCCCACAUUGGACACCCUGGGUGAGGAGGGUAAUGCCUCAUCAGUGCCCAUUGUCCCCUUGCUGCCAGGGGGAUUUGAAGGCAAUGCCAGCUCUAAGACAGAGGCUCAGGCACCCAAUGGGCAAGGCAGUCCAGGGGGUUGUGCCUGCCCCAGCAAGGUUUCCUCAGCCCCUCGGGCAGCAGUGCCUCCACGGGCACCCAGGGGCCCCACACCACGUACAGAGGAGGCUGCCUGGGCAGCCACGGCUCUGACCUUCCUCUUGGUGCUGCUCACCCUGGCCACCCUCUGCACGCGGCUGCACCGCAACUUCCGACGCGGGGAGAGCAUCUACUGGGGGUCCAUGGAGGACAGUCAAGACACAGUGGCUGCUGUGCUGAAGCGAAGGCUGCUGAUUCCCCAGCGCCGCGUUAAGCGCUCCCGCCGAAGACCCCUCCUCCCACCCACACCAGACAGCGGCCCGGACGGGGACAGCUCUGACUGA